AUGCGGCUGUUCAAGUCAAACAAGUCGCAGGCAUCCCUCGAAGAUCGCAGUCCUGAGCAGCCCGAGACCGCUUACCAGCCUCAGCACCCGAAUAGCGGUCUCUACAGCGGGUCCCAGUUUGAUCUGACUUCUGACCGCUACAACCAGCAACUGGACGAUCACCAAUACGAGAUCCAAGACACUCAAUCUCAAUCUCAAUCUCAGUCCCGAUUCCAGUCCCAUCCAGCCCAACAUUUGUCUCGCAGUCAAAGCAGUCGCACCCCCUCUGCCGGUGAACUGUAUGGCGCACAACGACCCAGCGUAAACAUCGUGCCUCCUGUGUCACCACCAGCUACCGUCCCUGAAGGCUCCGCCCCUGUCCCAGGGCAGACCACGUUUGGCCAAUCGAGACAGGUUCGGGCUGAACGUGAGAAAGAACACAAGAGAUCCAAACGGAGUUUCAUCAGUGGAUUUAUCAAAGACAAGGCUAAGGACGAAGACAAGGAGAGGGAGAAGGAGAAGGAGAAGGAAAACGCUCAAUCCGAGCGUAAAAUCGGUCGAUCGAGUUCUGUGCAUCUCCUGCGGAAAGCACACCCAUCUGAUAAUAUUUCUCGCGACCCGUACUCUCAACAGACCAGACAUUCCGUGUUCUACCCAGGGACCGACACCUCAGUGGCAGACCAGUCGGAUCAGACUCAAUACGAUCACUAUCAACGAGGUCCUGGUCAAUUCGACUCUCCUCAAAGCCAGACGACUCAUAGAUCUGUCGACUACGCCGAAGACAUCCCCCACUUCAGUCCACGACAGGAACAAUAUCAGCCGUACCAUCAAACCGAGUCUGCCAGUACCUCGGAACAGUACUUACCAUAUCAAGAUCCUCCCUCUCGACCAAACAACGCCGAGCCUGAUACAUAUCAACAUCUUCGACCUCCUUCACAGGCUUCAUUGGGACCGCCUUCACCGGUGGCUAAUAUUCCGCAUCAAAUUCACCCUCAAGAAUCUCGCCCUUCAACAGCAGCAACGAACAGAUAUUCAGUCCAGUCAGCAAGUCAGGGCCAGCCACAGCCACAGCAGGCGGCGGCCAUGGCAAGAGGCGAUACGUUGAACGGAGGCCUCCGCCAACAACUUUCGCAACGAGACGCUCGUGCCGAAGAGCAUGCCCAGUACCAAAGCCAGCAAGACCCAAGAAUUAGAAUGUCGCAACAAGCCCCUGAGCAAGGACGAAAUACCCCUCCACCAAGGAGUCGAGAAGACGCUAGUCAGUUGGAUUAUCAUCAGCUCCUUCAACGCCAUGAAGAAUUGCAGGCCAAAUACUCGAAAGUCAAACGAUACUACUUCGAGCGAGAAGCACAAGUUACUCAAUUGCAGAAUACUGUGGCCAAUCAGCGCCUGUCAAUGUCAAAGACGUCUUUGGACGAUGCCCAAUAUACGGCAAGAUUUGAGAGACUGAGUCAGGCGAUCAACAACCUGUCCUUCAACAUCCGGAAGAACUGGCGGGCAGUGCCCCCAUGGCUCCGGCAUGUCUGUAACCAGGACGCGCAUACUGUUGGGACUAAGGAAAUGACGGCCGUGGGUCGAGCAUGUAUCACUCGCUGGCUGUACGAAAGUAUCUUUGAGCGCACAUUCCACCCGGGGAUUGAUCCGGGGUUGUCAGCACAGUUAAAGAACGUAGAACGAACCUUGCGUCGUUCAGGACAGAACGGCUUCCUGACAGACGAGCAGCGAGAUGAUCUGGUCAUUAAACUCACCACCUGGCGCCUGACCACCAUCGAAGGGCUACAGGAUGUCCUCAACUCGCCGCAGGCUGAACAGUAUACAGAGAACUUGACAAAGUUGUUCACUCACCAGCUCACCGAGUCACUAAAAGCAAAUCUCACUGAUCCACCGCCGCUCGGGUUGAGCGAGGGGGUCAACAUGAUCGUUGGACAGGCCAUUGGGAUCGCCGCCAAUCUUCCGCUUGAAUCCCGUGAUAUUUGUCUGGAAUAUUUCAUGCCUGGGACCCCUGUUAACGACACGUACAUGAAAAUCGAACCGCAAUUGAUUCCACUGACCAAUCCGGGUCUGGACGAGCGUUUGGCCGCCAUGCAAGCCGCACAGGCGAUGCAAGAAGGUCCAGAAGGCGACGGCAUGAGCACAGCCAGCACAGAAGAUGGACCACGAGACCGGGACGUCGAGACCGAGAUUCGUGAAGCUGCUGGUAAGGCUGCUUCACAAACGGUCUCGCAAGGUGGCGGUGCCGGGGUGGGUGGGCCACAAAUGCGGAACGACAGUGUGGCAAGCCAAAGCAGCCAAGCGACUAUCAAGACCUCCGACGAGAAGCAGUCUAAGAAAGCGAGCUUUUUGGGAGGGUUUGUGAGCAAGAAGACAUCAUCGACGCGCCACGAUAAUCGCGGUGGAAGCACCGAGGCCACCCCGGUUACUCCUUCAACAAACAACGCUGAUGAGCAGCGUGGGGGCACUACGGUUGAUCCGGUGCAGCUAGGACCUUCUGGUGCGAAUGAGGGGAGGAUUCGCUUUGCGGCGUUUCUUGCCGUCGAGGUUCGAGGCAAAGGACCUGGAUCGAACACGGGUAACAGCGGGGUUUCUGGUAAGGAAUCUGGGUCUGCCGCGGGAGGAGUCAGCCAGUCUUCUGCCAAUGUGCUUUUCAAAGCGCCGGUGUAUGAAUAUUGA